GACGAGCUGCUACAAACACACACACACACACACACACACACACACACACACACACACACUCAAGACGAGAUGUUUGAAUGUUGUGUGAAGCUAUCCACCUCACUAUAGCUCCCAUCAUGCAUUGUGCUAAUUAUGGCUGUGACCUCUGGAGCGGCCUGUCACCAAACCAGAGCCAGAGUUCUCCAUGGUAACAGGACACCGAUCCUCUGCUGUGGUCGGUCCUUCAUCAAGAUCUGUUAACGUCACUGUUGUUGUUGUUAGCUUCCUGAGCUAACUCUGCCAAAGUGCCGCUGCUGCGUCAGUUCUUAUGAUCCUCUGUUAGUGACGGUGGUUCUGCUCCACAGUGACCUCUGCAGGACACGCAGUGGUUUCAGGGCCGUAGUUAUUUUAAGACAAACCGUGAUCUUCUCCUGAACUUAACCAGGUAGUUUUGGUGCCUUUAUUUUGAAAGUGUAACCAGACAGAAGUUAACACAUCCAGAACCAACAUGGCCGCUGGAGGAGGCUGUGAUCACGAACCUGUGAGCUCAUGAAACACACCGCUGAUCAAACUGCAUCGUCUCGCUUGAAUUUGUUUUUUUUAUUAUCAUAAUCUCCUCCACAGACAUACAGGCUGAGAGGAGCUUUAGCUGAUUCUCUGCAUUAGUGCUACAGUUUUCUAAACGAGUAAUCAGAUUACACAGAGGUUAUGUAGAGUAACCGGGGGUCCGAGGAGCAGAUGGUCCAUCAGUCCCCUGAACGGUGAGCAGGAUGAGCAGCGUCCUGCAGCUCUCAGACAGUGAGGGUGUGUUUCAGCAACACAGAUGCUCUCUGCAGCCCGCCACCAGCCGCCAGGCCGGAACGGAGCGAGCCGCCGAGCAGGAGGAGCAGGAGGAGCAGGAGGAGCAGGAGGAGCAGGAGGAGCAGGAGGAGGAGCUGGGCAGCAGGAGGGAUUCCCUGGAGCGACUGCUCUGCAGCGAGGAGGAGGAGGCGGGGAGGUUGUCUCCUCAGCGGUCUCAUCAGACAGAGGAUGGCGAGGUGGACGACCUUCUGCUGGAGGACGAGCAGGUAGACGACUUUGCCAGCUCGGUGCUGGCUGCCAUCUCCUGCUGGCACCUCAGGGUCUCCAUGGUGACGGUGAGGCUUUCUGCUGCCAGCUUCAGGUUUCCUCCAACAUGGCGUCCUCCACCCGUCCGCUCCAUAACACACUAAAGAGACAGAUAACAGUCCCACUGACCACUUGCUGUCAGGAGCUCUCAGCUGUCUGCAUGAGCUUCAUGUGUGGAACUAACAGCAGCUGGUGACGGACUGAGAUCAGAGGCGUCACACUGAGCCUCAGUCUGAGGUCCAGCAGUGGUUCGGACCGGUCACUUCAGGUUGUGGCUCACACUAAUAACCUGAACUACUCUUUCCUUCAUUUCAUUUUGUUCUGCUUUACGGAGCUUCACUCCAGCUGACCUGCAGCUUUGGCGUCAUGUAGUGUGGUCCGACUCUCCUGCCGCAGAGCUGACCUCUGAACAGAACCGAGUCUUCAGGUUGGAUCCAGUGUGCUGCCUCUCGGUGUUCGGUUGCUGUGCUGCUUCUUUUAUUUGCAUGUUUGGGUCAGAGAAUGAGUUUGUGCUCGGUGUGAAGCUGCUGUGCAGGAUUUAUCACUUUGCUGAAGGGAUAAAGGGUCAGUUCACUCAACAGAGAAACUUCCUGCGGUGUCAAAGCAUGAAGCGGUUUUAUGUCAGAUUUCUUUCUACCAACAAGCUCAAAGCGUCUGGAUAAGAUGAUAUUUGAAGACGUUCUGCGGGUCAUACAGAAUAAACAACACAUUGUUGGAGAACAUGAUUUUUGUCUGGUUUGUGUGAAGUGACCCUUUAAUGAUGAGUACACAGAAACACAGCAGCUUGUUGUUUGUUGACAAUAUGAAACUAUGUGACUCAAUCAUCUGUUAUUAAAGAUUUUGUAUUUGAAGUUAAUAUUUUUCUGUUUGUUGCUGAAGGAGGCGGACGGCGACAGCGUCUCUGCCAACGGCUGUAAUACAGAAAAUGGCCAAAUUCCUGAGGAAGACGAGCCGGGUGGAGCUGG